GCGGGCUGAGAGCUGCUUUCACUUUCCCUUCCCCGUGCCCACUACUCGCUCCACGCGCGGCGUAAGGCCCCCUCCCCAGCCAUGGCCACACUCAGGGUCCAGCCUGAAGCCCAAGCCAAGGUGAAUGUGUUCCGGGAAGACCUGUGUGCCAAGACAGAGAACCUGCUUGGGAGCUAUUUCCCCAAGAAGAUUUCUGAGUUGGAUGCAUUUCUAAAGGAGCCAGCUCUCAAUGAAGCCAACCUGAGCAAUCUGAAGGCUCCAUUGGACAUACCAGUGCCUGACCCAGUCAAGGAGAAAGAGAAGGAGGAGCGGAAGAAACAGCAGGAGAAGGAAGACAAGGAUGAAAAGAAAAAAGGGGAAGAUGAAGACAAAGGUCCUCCCUGUGGCCCAGUGAGCUGCAAUGAGAAGAUCGUGGCCCUCUUGCAGCGCCUGAAGCCAGAGAUCAAAGACGUCAUUGAGCAGCUCAACCUGGUCACCACCUGGUUGCAGCUGCAGAUACCACGGAUUGAGGAUGGGAACAACUUUGGAGUGGCUGUCCAGGAAAAGGUGUUUGAGCUGAUGACCACCCUUCACACCAAGCUGGAAGGCUUCCACACCCAAAUCUCCAAGUAUUUCUCUGAGCGGGGUGAUGCAGUAACCAAAGCAGCCAAGCAACCCCAUGUGGGCGAUUAUCGGCAGCUGGUGCAUGAGCUGGAUGAGGCGGAGUACCGGGACAUCCGUCUGAGGAUCAUGGAGAUCCGCAAUGCUUACGCAGUGCUAUAUGACAUCAUCCUGAAGAACUUCGAAAAACUCAAGAAGCCCAGGGGAGAAACAAAGGGGAUGAUUUAUUGAGGGCCUCUGCUCUCAUUUUUGUGAUGAGUGCAACAGAGACCCUCCUGCCUUUUAUCGGGGACUCCAGACUUUCCCCCCAUUUUUCUCCUGUUGAGGUUUCUCUCUCACCUUGCCAUCUAGGCACAAUAAAUAUAAUCAUACUGUUA